CCCCGGGACGUACCAGAAGAUCUUUCCAGUAAUAAUGUUCCAGAAUGACUGGGAGCCGCUGUCCAAGACAAAAUUCCAGCAGUGAUAGAAAAUGGAUGACAGUGAGACAGCGGAGUCCAUCUGAAACUGUGUGUAGUUGUUUCUCUUCUAGAUUGUAGCUAGAAUAAAGUUUAAUCCUGCAGCUUCACUUCUCUGAUAUCACCAUGGAAUGUUAUGGGAACAGCAAUCCUUUCUGAUAUCACCAAAGUCAGGAAAUUAAGACCAGAUGAGAAUAUUGUUGGAACUGCAAUAAUGAAGGAAAUAACGAUUCUGACACAGGAGCCAGAUUUUGGUUGGCUUUCUGCACGUGGGCAGCUUCCCCAAAGCAACACAGGAGCAGCAACUUAUCGUCUGCCUCAGCAAUGGCAGAAGCUGUUAUAAGACACUGGGUGGAAACUCCCGUACGCUAUCAAGAGCAGUUUGCUGUCCAAGAGUUGGAAGCACAUAAACUGGACCACUCUCUAUACGCUUUGCCGGGCCCUUCUACAGCUACGGUGAGCAACGGAAGGUGUAUCACGGAAAGUACAGCGGGGACAGGGAAGAGUGACCAGGAGGAGGAAAACAAACAUUUUCAGGUCUUGCUGGAUGUUGUGCAGUUCCGCCCUGAAGAUAUCAUUAUUCAGACUUUUGAAGGCUGGCUCCUGAUCAAAGCUCAGCAUGGACCCAGGAUGGAUGAGCACGGUUUCAUAUCCAGAUGCUUUACCAGACAAUACAAAUUACCUGAUGGAGUAGAGAACAAAGACUUGUCUGCGCUUUUCUGCCAUGAUGGCAUUUUGGUUGUUGAAAUGAAGAACUCAGUGGGAAAGAAUGAAUCUUGUCCAUAGUUGUUUGGUGAGAUAAAAUAGUUCUUAAUAUAACAAAAUAAUGUCAUUCAAGCAAUGCUGUAGAGGGUACUAAGCAUGUGGCUGUAUUUACUGUGCAGGAGAGAAAAUAUUUGUACAUAUUUUGCAGUAUGCUGAGCUUAAUGUUUGAUGUGAAAUGUUAAACUGAUUGUGUCCAUGCACGUAUGUGUUGGACAGCGAAGUUUUUUGAACAGUAGAAAAUCCAGGCUAGUCACAGCGAGAGAAAAAUAAUCUGAUAAGGUAUUGAAAAUAAAGCACAUUUACAAGUUCAGAAGGAACAGUUGUACUUCUAGGGAAUAAGCAUUUGUCAUACAUAGUCAUAAUCAUUAAAGAAACGAUAGAGCCUUCUGUGAGCCUUACAGAAAUUUACUUUGUGUACCAAAAUGUGUUUUCUAAUUUUUGAGAUCAAAUUCUUCUUCGUUAGACUCCACAGUUUAAGCUUGUAUACCAAAAAUAUCUUGAGAGAUUACUAUUUAGAAGUGUGUUGCAUGUUUGAAAGUCUAAGAGAAAAGAAUAAUAACUGACUAUAUUUGCUUGAAAGCACAGUAAGCAGAAGUGAUAUUUUCUGUCAAAGACAAAUAAAUUGGAAAGAAAACAUUCAAAGACAUUUAGGAAUUUAGUUUUAUUUAGCAUAUUCUGCUAUCUAUUACCAACUGAAGAAAAAAUAAAUGGCUUACAAAUACACAAAAGAACCAAAUUCUUCGCUGUGAAGCCUAAGUAAUAAAAAGACAUUAUUCUAGCACAGAUGCCUUUAUUCUUAUGCAUUUCGGGUUGUCUUGCUUUUCAAUCAAAUGAAUAUUUUAUUCUUCAUGUUGCUUGACAGCUAAUUUCUGCAAAAGCAAAUUUUUCUAUGUUUAGUUCCAAUCCCUCUAUACUGACAUGGGCUCUACGUGAAUCUAAUUUUAAGUGUGGGGGCUUCUUACUACAGACAGAGGCUUAAUUUCUGUCCCAGAUUAUCACAUUUCAUAUGAAUGCUAGAGAUGAAAACCAUAUCCACAUGCUAUAACUAGAAUCUCGUCUUCUCAACAUUAAAAAGAAAAAUAGCUCUAAGUGAAUUUGUAAAUACACAAACGUUUGAGGAGCUCUGCAGCUACAAGCUGAACUGCCUCCUUUUAUGUGUACUGGAGAUGAGCAUGACUGCUGUGCUAUUAAUAGUAAAGGAAUGUGGAAUGGAAAGUGCCAAGUUAAGUACAGUACCUUUCUGAUAGCCAUCUGCUGUUUGGACAAGUCAAAAACAUAUUCAAAUGAAACUGAAUACAAAUACAAUUUUAAGAAUAUGAGAAAAAUCUGAUGAACAAAACAGAGGGUCUCAGCAGCUGAAGCCACAGUCCCUUUAGUUUAAAGUGAAAGUCCUAAGCUUGUACUUCUGCAUAUGUCCAUUCAUUAGAAAGAUUUGUGUCAUGGUUGUUUAGACCUGAAGAUCUUUGAAGGAAUUGACUUUAGUAAAGUGGGUAGUCCACGUUCUGUAUUUUACUCACUACUUGUGCUAAAACUCAGAAGAAAUUUGUACAAGAAAUAUAGAAUAAUGUUUGGGUUGUAAAUUUGCAUCGUGCGUAUUUAUUUUAUUUUUUAAUAGAGCAGAAGUCAAACACCUAGUGUUUUCUAAGAAACCAAGCCAAAUAUAAAACGCUUGUACUUGCAUUUCAACUCAACUCACACUUUUCCUUCAUCUUGUCUAUAUUAAGUUCGUGUAUUGGUUGAAGAUGAUAAACAAUCACAUUAGAAAAUAUGAUCUAGGUUUUCAACAUUUUCAACACCGAUGGAGGAUAUGAUAUGUGUUUUAA